AUGUCCCUCGUCGCUAUCAAAAACGCAGUCUCGAAACUGGUGUCCAAAAAUGACGAAGCUCCAUUGCUCUCUAAUAAUAACAACCACAACAACUCGUAUGGCUCCUCUACAGACGUGGAAUCGGGCAAAAACACACAUGAGGACCAUCUAGACUACCCACAACCAUCCAAUGGGCUCGGUUUCUUCGGAAAAGUCGACCCCAGAGUCAUGUCCGAUUUGAUCAUUGGACUUUCCGACGGCUUGACCGUCCCAUUCGCAUUGACAGCUGGGCUCUCGUCCCUCGGGGACGCCCGUCUCGUCAUCACCGGUGGCUUCGCGGAGUUGAUUUCAGGCGCAAUCUCCAUGGGGCUAGGUGGUUACUUGGGUGCCAAGUCCGAAUCAGACUACUACAAGUCCGAGGUCUCGCAGGAAAAAAAGAAGUUCUACAGCAACACCCAGCUGAUAAACCACGAGAUCGAAGACAUACUCUUGGAGAUGAACCCCAACUUCUCGGAGGACACCGUCAUAUCGUUCGUCAAGGACAUGCAGCGCGAUCCGGGGCUCAUGGUGGACUUUAUCAUUAAGUACGGCAAGGGUCUCGACGAGCCCGAUGACAACAGGCAGUGGAUCAGCGCCGUAACGAUUGGUGGUGGGUACUUUGCCGGUGGGUUCGUGCCGCUUGUGCCGUACUUCUUCGUCGACAAGGUGAUCACGGGUCUUCUUGUGUCGAUAGUGCUGAUGACGAUCACGCUCUUUUGGUUUGGGUACUUCAAGUCGCAGGUGUCGAUGGCCGACUCGACGCUCCAGCGCAAGGUGUUGGAGGGGCUCCAGAUGGUGGCUGUUGGUGGGGUAGCAGCGGGCGCCGCGUGGUUCUUCGUGAAGAUUAUUGAAUGA